GGCCCGCCCUGCCCCGGGGCGCGGCGCGGAAGCGGAGGUGGCAGGCAUGGGGCGGCCGCGGGACGGGUGGCUGCUGCCCCUCGGCCUCCUGCAGCUGCUGGGGGGUGCCGGAGCCGCAGCCUGCCCCUGCCGGGAGCCGCGGCUCUGCCGGCCCGUCACGGGCACCGGCGGCCCCGAGGUCUUUGUGUUCGAUGUGGGGAAGAAUGCCUGGAAAUCCUAUGACUGGUCGAAAAUUACAACUGUGGCAGCUUUCGGGAAGUACGAUCCAGAGCUUAUGUGCUACGCUCAUUCCAAAGGCGCCAGGGUAGUGCUAAAAGGUGAUGUACCUCUUAAGGAAAUUGUUGAUCCUGCUAAAAGAACAGCCUGGAUAUCCCAACAGGUGGACCUUGCCAAAAAGCAGUAUAUGGAUGGAAUUAAUAUAGAUAUAGAGCAAGAAGUCAACGAAACCUCCCCUGAGUAUUAUGCAUUGACAGAGCUUGUUAAAGAAACUACAGAUGCUUUUCACAGAGAGAUUCCAGGAUCACAGGUAACAUUUGAUGUGGCUUGGUCCCCUGCAUGCAUAGAUAAAAGGUGCUACAACUACACUGGGAUUGCAGAUGCCUGUGAUUUCUUAUUUGUGAUGUCUUACGAUGAACAGAGCCAGAUCUGGACCGAUUGUGUUGCAAAAGCCAAUGCUCCUUACCUUCAGACUUUAAGUGGAUAUGAAGAGUACAUUACUAUGGGCAUUGAUCCUAAGAAGCUUGUGAUGGGCGUCCCCUGGUAUGGCUAUGAUUAUGUCUGCCUAAAUUUAUCUGAGGAUCAUGUUUGUUCCCUUUCCAAAAUACCUUUCCGUGGGGCUCCUUGCAGUGAUGCUGCAGGGCGUCAGGUCCCCUACAGAGCAAUAAUGAAGCAGGUGAACAGUUCUAUUUCAGGGGUGCUAUGGAAUGAGGUACAGAAGUCUCCGUUUUAUGAAUACAAGGAUUCUCUUGGUCAGUUCCACCAAGUAUGGUUUGAUGACCCUCGCAGCAUCUCUCUUAAAGCGGCCUAUGUGAAGAACAGAGGCCUAAGGGGCAUUGGCAUGUGGAAUGGAAAUAGUCUUGACUAUUCCAGGGAAGCUGCAGCAGAACAACAAACCAAAGCAAUGUGGCAAGCCCUGACACCGUAAGAAUUACUGGGAAACCAACAUAGAGUAAUAGCACAGCACCAAAAGCACUACGAUGAUGACUGCCGAGGAGAAGAUCUGAGCAUCUGACUGCUUGAUACUACAGGUGAUGAAAAGCAGAAGGUGAAACCUACUGAGUUCUCAUCAUCCUAUUUUUUUUCCCCCCUUAGUGAAUCAGAGGGCUCUUCACUAGAAUUCUGGUCUGUAGCUUUUAGGAAAAACUGAUGAAUUUAUAAGACACAUAACUACUAUUUAUGUUCAUAUGCUAGACUGCAAGAUAGGUAUAUUUGAUCAAAUUGAGACAUCAAAAAAGUUGACUUUAAAAAAAAAAUCGGUUCAGAUUUUCCAGUAGCCAAUUGCCUGCUCUUGUGUCUUAAAUAAAACUAUUAUGAACUACAAGACAUAGGAUUAAUUAUUGAAAUGAGCAAAAGCAGUUGUUCUUUUAAUACAAAAUUUAAUACUUAGCACUAAAAUCUUUGCUAAAUCUUCUCUUUAAAAAAUAGAUUGUAAAAAGGGUGGUUUGACUCAAGACGUUUGGAAGUCAGUCCUCUGAAAAGUUGCAUAAGUUUCUUCUAGUAUUACUGAUUUCCCGUCAGGGUUUCACUUGCAGUAACAAAUACAACUUUGUCAGCUUUUUUGCUGACGUGAAUUCCUAGCACGUUAUUGUUCUACUUAACGUAAUAACAUCUUGAACUUCAAAGAAGCAAACAGAUCUAGAAAAAAAUGACUAAGAAGAGCUUCUGAUUAUUUUUAGAGAAUUGUUAUGUAAGUACAUGCACAUGCUUGAACUUAAAGAAAAGCAGAGCAUACAGUACUGGAAAUAGCACCAAGAUCAUCAUUACAACUUAGUCAAGACAAAGCUUGCAUCUUCCCCUAAUUAGAGAAUAAAGCUAAUGUUGAUGCAGCUUUCUUGUGAGGGAGAAAACAAAACUAACUAGAUAUGAAAGAACUAGAGAGUCUUUUUCCAUAACUAAUAAUGUAGUAAUACACUGAUUUAUAGAUAAGUAUACUUAUAAUGACAAAAAUAGACUUCAGUAAAUAGCUAAUAAAGAUUACUUUUGCUAGAGUUCUAGAAAAGAUGUAUUUUAAUCAUUUAUCAAAAAAUUAAAUAGCUGCUCCAAAAAUCUGAACAGGAGGUUUUAGAUUAUGGAUUUACUUGCUUAAUGCUUAUUUUGUUAAUGAAAGAACAUCAGCACACUGAAAUUGCAUGAUUCACUAAUCUGCACUUUUAAAAUAACUUAGUAAUGUGUCUAAACCAAAACUAAGUUAAUCUGUAUGUUCAAGUAGCUGAUAAACCUUUCACUAACAGUGAGAUUUAAAAAGUGAUUUGCAGUCCCUUAGUGGGCUAGUAUACAAAUUCCACAUUUGCACAGUUUAUGUCUUUUUAUUAGAGAACUUUAAGAACAUAUAAACAAAUGCUCUGAAUUCCAAGUUUCUAUAUACAUUAUAGGACUUCUAUAGACUUUACAGAUGUUACAGUGGGGUCAUCCUCUUAAAUACCUGAUUUCCCAGACUGGAGAAUUAAAGCUGAAUGAAUCUUC